ACCCAGCAGUGUGCGCGCCUCUCUCCCUCCCAACGACCCAGAUCUUGCUGCUCGUCAUGCCGAGGCGUCUCCCCCGAGUCGGGCCAGGGCUGCCCGCUUGCCUGGUCCUCCUGGCCGCCGCCUGCCUCUUCUCCCCGCCGUCGCAGGCCUGCGGCGUCUCUCGCUACGGACCCCACGACCCCGUGGUGGAGCUGCAGCCGGACACGCUGCAAAGCCUCUUCUUUUCUCGCAGCGCCUGGGUUGUCCAGUUUUACGCGCGCUGGUCUGCCGCCUCCGCCGCCUUCGCCCCCACGUGGCGAGCGCUCGCCCAGGAUAUAAAGGACUGGAGACCUACUUUGAAGCUGGGUGUGAUAGAUUGUGGCAAGAUGUGCAAUGAGAAAAUGUGUUCAGACUUUGAAGUCACCGCAUACCCAACUGUGAAGUUUUUAAAGCCAUUCUCUACAUAUGCUGGCGAUGGCAUAAAGCUUGAAGAAAUUAAGGAUGACCCUCAGAGCCUGAGGGAAGACAUAAUCACCUUUGCAGAGAGUCAUCUAACUAGUUGGUGGUCCCCUGACGCCCCACUGUUGGCUCCACUCAGUACAACAGAAUUUGUUGACUCCAUUCAGGGAAGGAAGGUGGCCCUGAUAUUCGAGGGGGAGGACUCCUUUUUGGGCAGAGAGGUCAUAUUGGACAUGGCCCAGUAUGAAAACAUUGUUGUGAGGAGAGUAUUGAAGAGCAAUGCGGAGCUAGUGGCUAGAUGCAAGGUCACCACCUUCCCUUCUGGCUUCCUGUAUUCAAGCAAAGGCUCUUGCACACCCAUCCCUCUGGCAAACAAUUCAAGAUCCUUCUACACAGACUUCCUGCGGACACUACCUGGGGUCCAGAGAGAAAUCAUUGGCACUUCUAAGCCACCAAUAGCAGAAACAAAGGCUACCCCUGACUCCUGGGAGGUAGCAGACAGGACACAGCUGUGCAUGGCUGACCUGGAGUAUGCGGUGCUUUGCAGCCUGCACAGAAUUGAAGUAAGUUUAGCCAACUUCACUGAAGAGAGGCUCUCUGCAUUGAAGCAGUAUGUGCAUAUACUGGCCAAGUAUUUUCCUGAGCGCUCUGCGGUCCACAACUACCUUCACAAACUGGAAGUGUGGCAGGAGUCCAACUUGUCAAUAAAUAUUUCGCGGGAUGAAUGGAUAGAAGCUUUAAAGGCUGCAAAAGAGGGUCUGAAUGCCAGCUUUCCAGAGACUCCACACUGCGUGGGAUGUCAAGGAAACAUACCUGGGUUCGAAAGUUAUUUAUGCUCUCUCCGGAUUAUCUUCCACCUGCUGGCAGUGCAGGAAGCACUGAAAAGUGAUGGGGCAAACCCAUCAUCAGAAGUCUUUCCUGCAGCAAGAGAAUUCAUGACAAACUUCUAUUUUUACUCACCGGCCGCAAAGCGCUUUGCAAGUUUGCCAGCAGAAUUCAUCACCGAAGUGAAGGACCAAGAUGAGGCUAUUUUUCAGCUGUGGUCAACCUUUACAGGUGCUGAAAGCAAGGACGACGAAAUUCCCAGGACCCUGUGGCCUCCCCAAGACUUGUGUCCAUCAUGCAGUGAAAUCGCAAAUGAGAAAAUUAUGUGGAAAAAGGCAGCUGUUUUGAACUUCCUCAAGAAAUAUUUCUCAAUGGACAACAUUUCCUAGGGCUUCCCAAACCAACUCCUCAAUGCUACCUUCAAACCAAAACCACACAUAAACAAAUUUACUCACACAUAAACCAUCCAAAGAAACAGGAUACAUAUUGCUUGAUUCCCUAAAUGAUAGAAGGCACUGACUACUGCACUUUUGGACUGCUGCUUUUACCUGAGCAAGGCAGCAAAAAUAAGCAGACCUUCACAGAAGAUCAUCAAGAGCUGCUGAGGCUUUUGAGUUGGUGUGCAGCUACCUUGUGUGGCUGGUGAGCAACUAAACUGCAUGCUGCAAUAUUUGCAUAAGCAGUUCAGUAGCCUCAGGUUGUGACCUCCCUGUGUCCAUCUAGGACAGAGCUUCACAACAUGUAAGCAUGUGUGUGCUUAGCCUUUGCACAUCUAUACAAAAGUAUAAAUUGUCAAGUGAGAAGUUGGCCACUUACUUCCACAUGAACCUGCCCAGUGGUGAAUAAAAUAUUCUGACGUUAAUUGAUGGGCAUCUCUGUCAUCUGAGAUCCAUUAGGUUCUGGUGAUCAAGGAAACAGCCUUUUUAGUUAUGCUGACACCACAGGCUAGAGAGAGUUCUUAAAUUUUAUAGUCUCUCCUUGGGAGCAGUUAGCUGGAAGCAUUCUGAUCACAUAUGGAGACAUUUUACAGUCCUCCUCCAAGAAUCAGAGGACAAAAUAUAACAACAACA